AUGUCAACAGUUAAGAGGCAACUCUGGGAUGCUGGCCUUCUAGGCAGAGUUGCAAAAAAAGCCAUAUCUCAGACUGGCCAAUACAAAUAAAUAAACACGGGACAGAGGAAAAUUUGAAAAAGUUACAGACAAACCUACGUUUUACAUGUUCAGAUCACAAAGAGAGAACAUUCAUCAAAGGAAAACAUGCUGGAGGAGUGCUUGGUGACAUCUGUGGUUUGACAGGAAGGAAGCAUGUGGGGAAAUCUCUUCACAUUAUCUUCACAUAUUCACAACUAGAAUGCCAAAGGUCUGCAAGGCUGUAAUUGUUGCAAAAGAAGUAUUAUUUGACAAAAGCAAAGUUUGAAGGACACAAUUAUUAUUUCUGACCUCAUCAAUGACUAUAUUUCCUAUUCAUUUUACUCUAUUUACUAUUCAAACUGAUUUCAUAUACAUUUUCAUGGAAAACAAGGGCAUUUCUAAGUGACCGCAUACUUUUGAAUGGUAGUGUACAUUGUUAGUUAUGUAUAGUUAUUCAGUUGUUUUAUAAAACAACAUUGUUCUAAAGCUUUCUAUGUUACAGGCAGUCAGAGAAAGGAAUUCCAUUUGGUUUUGACUGAUUAAAAAGCUUGCUUUUCAUAAAGACUACUUUUGAUUUGUGAACUGCACAUAUGUAAAAACAUGUACUAGUGGCAGUGGUUAUAGAAUCAUUGUUGCAUUAUUCUUGCUUGUGGUUGAUAUGAUACCUCAAUCAUUCAUGUUAGUUAAAAAAGUGCGAGGUUCUACAUCAAUGUGCAAAAUAAUCAUAAUAUUUAACAGAAAAAAGUGUUCAGUGACUUCCGUUAAAGAAAAUAAAUUUCCUGAGAUUAUAAUUUUUUCUUCCCUCAAUGACUUUAUUGACCGGUUUAAAAAAACGAUUGACCAGAUUACACCUAACAGAUAGCUAUAAUUCUAAGAAAUUAUAUGAUGAGAUUUCCAUCACGCGCACUUGCACAGUGGGGACACAGAGGGCGCAAAUCUUCAACCCUGAGAUUGUGUUGCUUAGCAACACAUUACAAACUACACCCGAAAGAAACCUAGCUUGAAAGCGUCUUGAAACGAAAGCAUGAGUAUUGGACGAACUUUAGAGGGCGCGGGCUGUGUAACCUGGUGGGGCUUCAGUCCUGCGCGUGACCUCCUGUGCACCGGCUCAGGGAAGCAGCAGGGUGUGGUAAAUGUUUUACUGGUGGGCAGUGGCGACUCAAGACACAUACUCAAGACCAUUGCCGGUCUGAGCAACACAGAUACCCUUCACGUAUGGAUGAUAGAGAGUAGUAUGGAGGUGGUGGCUAGGCAACUGCUGCUCCUCUUCUUGGCACUGACACCCCAAGAGAGCCUGGGACUUCAUGAAAAGACAGAAGUUUUCCUGGAGGUGUUUGGUAACAGUGAGGUCCGCAGUCAGACACUGGAGAUGUUGAGACAUGUGGCCUCACAACUGUCACUCCUAGUCACAGAGACACUGGAAAAAGCUGCACAUCCCUGCCUGGACACCACUCACCUUAGAUUCAAGGAGCGCGAUGAGUUGGACAGGAUAUUCAAGCAAUGGAUCCACCCCCCCUUACCUGCACGUUCUGCCCCCGUAUCGAUUGCCAAGGCCUGGGACGGCCGUGUCCGGCAGCACCUGGGCACCCGUUAUGACUCCAGGAUGGGCUGCUUUGACUGGGAUCUCACCAUGAAGCUGCACCAGAAAGGGUGUGGUGUCAUCAACAAACAGCAGUACGUACGAUGGAGAGAGAGGGGAGUGGCCUUCGAGAUGAGGGAGGGUAUCUACCAAAUGGCUAAUGAGAGCUUACUCUCUACGCGAGUAUUCAAUCAUAGGGGCGAUAAGGUGGCAGUCAGAGGAUACUGGGGAGACAUUGUGUCUAGUCCCUACAUCUCCUUUGGCAUCGAGACAGAUGACGAAAAACUGCUGAAAAAACAGAAUGGGCAACACAUCAAGACAGCCCAGGACAUCUCGUAUGUGAACGUGCAGGCGCUGUUUCAGUCUUUGUCCCGUAGAGGGGGCACUCCCCCUGCUCCUCAGUCAGGCAGUGAGGAGGGCAAAGCACUUGUAGCGUUGGAACCUCCAUCGCAACCAGAGGCUCAUCGCAAAGCACAUAUCGGUGAGCUGAUGAACCUGGAUGGGGUAUCAGUGAAUUUCCUGCCCCUGGACUCUCUCCCCAAACUGGCUGAAAAACAGAAAUACUCCCACUUUUUCAACAGUAUCUACUGUGCUGCCAGUAUGGUGCAUCAUUUGGGCCCAAUGCUGAGGCAGAUUGCUGCACCAAAAGCCACCCUCGUCGUGGAACUGGCCAAGUAUUUAUUAGAUCUGACCAAGGAGCAGGAGGCGGGGUUUGCUGAGAAAGUAUGUGACAUCGUCAAAGAGGCAGGGUUUGAGCCCUCACUGGAGGACAGUGAUGUUUGUGCCACGUUCACACUGCAGAAGUAGUGACGCUGCCUUGUAAUGUCAGACUCUCGAUAUGGUAGUCCUCAAUAAGUUUGACGUGGUAAUUUAGGUCUCCAAGACUUCACGAUAGGUAAGAUGAGACAGUUGAGUUCAAAGUUGAUUGACAGUAAAGGUAACAUAACUCAAUUUCAAUCAUAUUUUAGGACUGACAAAUCCUGUCUUUUAAUUUCACAGUUGUAAAUGGCAUCUGAAUAGAGAGCAUGUCUGUACCAAAUGACUCCUUUCAAUUCCUUUCACGUUUAGUUGAUUUUUACCUUUUUAUACUGAAUUGCAUCUGUAAUUACUGAGCGUUUUUUUUCUUCUAUAUAUACAUGUUUCACAUUUCAUCUGUUUUAGUCAAACAUUAAACAGUGUUUGUUGAAUGAGUUCAAGACAAGAAAUGCUGAAACACUGCUUUUGUAACACUUAAACUGAAUAAAGCACAUGGUCUUCUUUCUUCUCCA